AUGGGCGCCACCCCGUUCCACCAAUCUAUCCUCGAGGUCCGGUUGCCAAAACACUUCGACAAACUGACGGACUUAAGGUACGACGGAACUCAAGACCCUUUAGAACAUCUCACGGCCUUUGAGGCCAGGAUGAACCUGGAGGGAGUGGGGGACGAGGUAAGAUGCCGUGCUUUCCCAGUAACCUUAGCAGGACCAGCGAUGAGGUGGUUUAACGGCCUCCAGCAAGGAUCCAUCUACAGCUUCUCGGACAUCAGCCGUGCAUUCCUAGCCCAAUUCACGACACGGAUAGCAAAGGCAAAGCACCCCAUCAACCUUCUAGGAGUAACCCAGAGACAAGGAGAACCGACCAGGAGAUACCUAGAUCGGUUCAACGAUGAAUGCUUGGAAAUCGAUGGCCUAACCGACUCGGUGGCCAGUCUUUGCCUGACUAACGGCCUCCUCAACGAGAACUUCCGAAAACAUCUCACCACGAAACCAGUUUGGACAAUGCACGAGAUCCAGACGGUAGCUAAAGAAUACAUAAACGACGAGGAAGUCAGCCGAGUUGUAGCCGCCAACAAACGGCAGUCCAGAGAAAGGAAUUUUGCCGAAGCCCCGACCACUCAAGGACCGUACUGGAGGGAACAGAAACCUUUAUUGUGA